AUGCAAGGAGGAUGUAUAGCUAAUAUAGGAUCUUGUGGAACAGGAUUUGAUUCUGCAAGCGCUGAGUUUGAUGGGCCCACCGGGCCAGUAGCUUCUCAAGCUCAAGCAUUGACUUUUCUAGUUAGAGACCAACGUCUUGGGGCUAACGUGGGAUCUGCUCAAGGACCUACUGGUUUAGGUAAAUAUCUCAUGCCUUCCCCGACUGGAGAGGGAUUGGAUUUUCCGGAAGAAAAGGUUAGAUACCUGCUUGUAUUUUUGAAAUGGGAUGGUCUUCAAACUCCCGAGAUGCAGUCUAGACUGCGGGCUCUCCCCUUUCUGACUGGACUGACUCGGGGAAGGCUCAAUUUGACCUCCUCCGGAGCAUGCUUCACAGCCACUCAUUCGUCCUGA